GCGAAGAAGAACAUUGUAGAUUGGAACAAGGAAGUCAAUAAAUUUCGAGGAAACCUUCGCUGGCUUCCUUUUGUUUUAUUUGUUUUAGUUUAGUUUUAUCGCGACUGUUAUUGUUUUUUUUUACCACGACAGUCUGUUGGGUUAACCAACAAUCCGUGGUUGGUUUUAUUUGUUCAUGUUACUGAGGUUUUGUCUGAACUAUCGACAAGAUUUGGCGUUAGCCGAUAGGCUAAUAACAGAGCUAACAGGCCCAAAGGCCAUCUGUUCCUUGUUUUUCCGCCAUUCAGCAGUCUGCUGUCCCUGAAAACACGAAUGAUUGGUGUCCCUUUGAGACAACUCUUAUCGAAAUAUCAAGGUUGUUAUAUUCAAACUACGUGUUGCGUUCCGUUGGGGUGUCCUUAGCAACGUAGCUGUUUGGAAUCCCGUGAAAUUGAUCCCAACUUUCUCAGAGGACCGGUCGAGCAUGUAUGCCCCGCCGGGUUCUGUCGCCCCUGGAAGCCGGAGAAGGCGAGGGGGAACCCCUUUGCCCAAGCAACCAGAGCGGAGCCUGGUCUCCGCUCUGCCCGGAGCCCUGUCCAUCACCGCCCUGUGCACGGCUCUGGCUGAACCAGCAUGGCUCAGGGUUCAUGGAGGCACCUGUCCCAGACAAGAGCUCGGGGUAGCGGAUGUCUUAGGCUACAUCGACCCCAAGCUUCUGGACGAUUACUGCGUGAACCCGCAGACCAUCCUUUUGCUCAGAGUGAUCGCAGCCUUCUGUUUCCUGGGCAUCUUCUGCAGCCUGACUGCUUUCCUCCUGGAUGUGUUUGGACCCAAGUACCCUGCCCUCAAGAUCACAAGAAGAUAUGCCUUUGCACACAUCCUCACAGUGCUGCAAUGUGCCACCGUCAUAGGAUUCUGCUAUUGGGCUUCAGAGCUGGUCUUGUCCCUGCAGCAGCAACACAAAAAGUACCACGGCUCGCUCGUGUACGUCACCUUCGCCAUCAGCUUCUACCUGGUGGCGGGCGCCGGCGGAGCCUCCAUCCUCGCCACGGCCGCCAACCUCCUGCGGCACUAUCCCACCGAGGAGGAGGAGCAGGCUUUAGAGCUGCUGUCCGAGAUGGAGGACAGCAGUGAAACGUUUCCCGCAGAUUAUGACAUUUCCAACCAGUUUCAGCCGCCGCCCGCAUACACGCCUUGACGGGCUUCACUGACAUCGCUUUCCCUCGAGCAGCGAGCGUGCUCGCAGUCAAAAUGGAUAUCUUUGCAAUUGAACCAGGUGCGCACAACACCAUGACUGACAAGCGCUUGGGUGCAUGAGAGCUCAGAAUUGGUUCUUAGGUACACUGAGGGUGUUGAUUUGCAUGUAAAUGGCUUGUAGGAAUUGCUUCUCUAUCUAAAGCAAAAGUGCUCAACAUGGCUGACGAAGUAAUUGAUCAAUCAGCCUGAUAAACGGUGAUUAUUAUUGAAGUGGGUCGUCUUUGGCGUUGGUCGAUUUGCGCCCAGUAAAGUCAUGGGCGGAGCUUUGAGCAAGUCUGUUUUUAAAAUACAGGUGCUUAGGUUGCCGAUACAUCAGAAGUGCAGAAAAAUACUGAUAUUGUUUUAUAUAUAAUAUCAAACAACCCUUUAUUUAUUGAUUAGUUAUUUUUUUCCUGGUUUGCAUACUGUUGCUGAUUUAGUCAGAUGUGUUUUUCAUGCUGUGGAGAAGACCACACUACAGAUGGAAGAAAGAAAAAUGGUUUGGCAAUAAAAAAGUAAGAUUGAACAGAAACCUCA